GGAAUCGCCGCUGGAGAAGAAAAAACGUUGGAGAAAGAUACUUUACGAGAAGCAGGAUUAUCCUGACAACUACGUGGACAAAACGCAGUUCCUGAACGGUCUGAAAAAGAACUUGUAUACGUGAGCCAUAUAGGACUGUGUGCGAUAGUGAUACGCGGGUCUGGAGGUUGUAACCAGGAACUCAGCGAGUGUGGGUGUCUUGGUGGGUGAUCGUACUGGUGUGUGCAUGAGAGAUGGCUGUUCUCGCCCGCUCCUUCUGCCAUCCGGCUCCCGGCGGCAUCUGCUUCCUUACUGGCUGCGUGGGUACAGUCCUCCUAGCUGGCUGGAGAGACAGACCGGAGGCGAUCACAAUGAACUGGUGGUGAGUGAGUAUGUGAAGCCGUCGGCCAUCUUUGUCUGCUUCCUGGUGGCCGUGUCUCCAAUUCUCAAGACAUUGACAGAGUCCAUCAGCACCGACACCAUAUGGGCCAUGACGGUUGGCAUGCUGUUAGUCCAUCUGGUGUUCUUUGACUAUGGGAGUCAUGGGCCAAUAGUGUCCAGCUCCAUAUCCCUGAAUGCCUCCAUCUUCUCCUCAGUCUGUCUCGCCUCUCGCCUCCCAUCCUCUCUCCAUGCCUUUGUCGUCGUGUCCCUCGCUGUCCUUGUCUUUGCUCUCUUCCCAGAGUUCAGAACUAGAUUCAAGGGCUAUCAUGCAGCGGUGUUUCCACUGACAACAGUGGCAAUGGUGGUCUUCACUGUAGCCAUUCUGAGUGCCAUCUCCCUGGUGGGUGUGGUCUUGUACGUCCUGGCCGUCCUCUCCAUCACAUUUCUCUGUCCUCUCCUCUUUGUCAGACUACAGCACCUCAAGAACAAUAUUUAUGGCCCCUGGGACGAAGCAGCUAUCAAUUUGUGAUAAACGGACCGAAAUUUUUUAUUACUCGCGCAUGCGCGUUGUCGGAAUAGAGUGUGGGCGUUAAUUAGAGAAGCACACGUGUGUUUUGUGGGAGAAAUGGUGUUUACUCGCUCCAAAGCGCGCCAGCGGGCCCGCAGCGAUGCCCAGUCGGUGCCUUCAGACACUGAGACGCCAGAGAUCUCGCGAGAAGCUGUCGAGAAGCGAGCAAAAAAGUCCGCGAUAAAGACGAGGAAGGCGGUCAUCAGAAUAUCUCCAGUUACCUCUCCAACUAAGCAACUUAGGCCCGCUUUCGCGCACUAAGAGCCGCCAGACUACGACCGAGGAGGAAAACAUCGAUG